UCUCAAAAUCCACCAAUCUGUACUCAGUAGCCAACUCUGAAGAGGUGAACCGCAACACUAUCUAGCUUUGACCAUAUUUGAUUUUAGUGCUUGUUGAUACACAAAAAAAAAUGGCAGAGGAGCAUACCAACAAGGCACCUGAGAUCGAGAGCAGCGUCGCCGGUGAAGAAGCAGUGGAGUCCAAGGACCGAGGGUUGUUCGAUUUCAUGGGGAAGAAAGAAGAGGAGAAGCCCCAAGAGGAGGUGAUCGUGACUGAGUUUGACAAGGUUAAGAUUGAAGAAACAAAGGAAGAGGAAGAGGAAGAGGGAGAGGAGAAGAAUAAACAUGGUCUCCUGGAGAAGCUUCACCGAUCAGAUAGCAGCUCCAGCUCUUCGAGCGACGAGGAAGAAGGAGAAGGAGGAGAGAAGAAGAAGAAGAAAAAAAAGGAGAAGGGACUGAAGGAGAAGAUGGAAGAGGAAAAGAAAGAAGAGGACACAGUAGUCCCGGUGGAGAAGCGUGAUGAACCAGUGGUUCAGCCGGAGACGGCUGAAAAGAAAGGGUUCCUUGAGAAGAUCAAAGAGAAACUCCCUGGACAACAUAAGAAAGCUGAAGAGGUGAGUAGCCCACCUCCAGCAGCAGCAGCUGAGCCCCAUCAUGAAGGCGACGCAAAGGAAAAGAAAGGAAUUUUGGAGAAAAUCAAGAAGAAGCUUCCUGGUUACCACCCCAAAAGUGAUGAAGAGAAAGAAAAGGAGAAGGCUUGAAUCUCAAGUUAAAAGAAGAAUGGUGAAGGAAUUGUGUGUUUCUUAAAUUGUU